CCAGAUUACGGAAUGCUUCCAUGACCUUCACAAGCUGCAUCACCAUCAUACCAAACGCGCAUCACGACCAGCGAUUCUUCCUUCCCCGAACGGACCAAACGAUUACUCUGGAAGAGCUCACAAUCCCUCGAAUAUACUCUUUUAUACGCCAUAAACGCCUUAAUUCUACGGACGUUGCGUCCAGUCCGCAGAGCCCAUCAUGCCUUCUGCGACCGGUCAAAACUGGGAGAAAUACACCAAGAAAUUCGCCGACGAUGAGAUAGAGGAGAAGAAGAUCACACCCCUCACCGAUGAGGAUAUUCAAGUUCUCAAGACAUACGGUGCGGCCCCAUAUGCAUCGACCAUCUCAAAGCUCGAGAAGCAAAUCAAAGAGAAACAACAGAGCGUAGAUGAGAAGAUUGGCAUCAAGGAGUCCGAUACUGGUCUCGCACCGCCGCAUCUAUGGGAUGUAGCCGCCGAUCGACAGCGAAUGUCUGAAGAGCAGCCUUUCCAGGUGGCACGUUGCACAAAGAUCAUUGCGGACGAUAAGGGCGACGAGUCGAAGAGCAAGUAUAUCAUCAACGUCAAGCAGAUUGCCAAGUUUGUCGUCCAGCUUGGCGACCGAGUCAGCCCUACGGAUAUCGAGGAGGGCAUGCGAGUUGGUGUCGACCGCAACAAAUACCAGAUCAUGCUUCCGCUGCCACCCAAGAUCGAUGCCAGCGUUACCAUGAUGACGGUCGAGGAGAAGCCAGACGUUACGUACGGUGAUGUUGGUGGCUGCAAAGAGCAGGUUGAGAAGCUGCGAGAGGUUGUCGAGAUGCCCCUGCUCUCUCCAGAGAGGUUCUCAAACCUCGGUAUCGAUCCCCCCAAGGGCGCAUUGCUCUACGGCCCUCCCGGAACCGGAAAGACGCUUUGUGCCAGAGCUGUUGCAAACAGAACAGAUGCCACCUUUAUCCGAGUCAUUGGUAGCGAGCUUGUUCAAAAGUACGUCGGCGAGGGUGCUAGAAUGGUUCGAGAGCUGUUCGAGAUGGCCCGGACAAAGAAGGCAUGCAUCAUCUUCUUUGACGAAAUUGAUGCCGUCGGUGGUGCUCGAUUUGACGAUGGUGCCGGUGGUGACAACGAGGUCCAGCGAACCAUGCUGGAGCUCAUUACUCAGCUGGACGGCUUCAACGCCCGAGGAAACAUCAAAGUCAUGUUCGCCACCAACAGACCGUCCACAUUAGAUCCCGCCCUGAUGCGACCUGGACGUAUCGACCGCAAGAUUGAAUUCUCGCUGCCCGACCUCGAGGGCCGUGCCAACAUCCUCCGAAUCCACGCCAAGAGCAUGUCAGUUGAGCGAGACAUCCGAUGGGAGCUCAUCUCCCGUCUCUGCCCCAACGCUACCGGUGCCGAAUUGAGGAGUGUGUGCACCGAAGCAGGCAUGUUUGCCAUCCGAGCCCGGAGAAAGGUUGCCUCGGAGAAGGAUUUCUUGGACGCGGUGGACAAGGUCAUCAAAGGCAAUCUCAAGUUCAACUCAACAGCGACGUACAUGCAAUACAACUAAAUAGUCUUCUUAAUGUUAUUGGUAUAUGAAUAAAUACCGGCAAACCAGGGGACGUCCCCAAACAUCUUGCGCCCCAAGGGGAAUAGAAAUUGGCGUUUACGAGCAGUUGGCAUGUUGAGUCUAUAAAAUAAGAAUCAUAUAAAUCCUCCC